AGAUCCGGAAAAAGACCGGAAAAAUGAGAACCAUGCCUCCUGGCGACAUCGUAUUAAUCCCAGUGAUCCCACCGAAAAGCAAGAAAACCCAACCCAUUUUCAGAACACUGGAAACAGAUUAGAGGAGAAGAACCAACCACAGAGGCUCUAGAAAUGGCGGCUGCUAAAGGAGCAUGUCUCAACCACGUGUCAAGGGAAUCAUCAGACAUAAAGCGCCUCGCUAAGUUCUACCAGGAGAUAUUUGGGUUUGAGCAGGUAGAGAGUCCCAAGCUUGAAUUUGAUAUCAUUUGGCUAAAACUGCCAUCUUUCUUUCUUCACCUCAUCGAGAGAAAUCCGGAGACUAAGCUUCCAGAAGGACCGUGGAGUGCCACAUCAGCCGACGCUGACCCUAAAAAUCUCCCAAGAGGUCAUCACAUCUGCUUCUCCAUCGCCAAUUUUGAUUCAUUUGUUCAGACCCUCAAGGAGAAGGGAAUCGAAACGCACCAGAGGAGUCUGCCAAAUGCAAAGACCAGACAAGUAUUUUUCUUUGAUCCAGAUGGUAAUGGCUUGGAGGUUGCAAGCAUGGAGAAUUGACGGGAAUAAGUUUGGUUGCUCCAUAUCCAAGAGUAGCUGUAAACUCAGUUGUGUGUACAUGGGAAGGAAUUGUAGUUAAAUAAGAGGGCAAUAAGAUUCCCAAAAGACCCCUAUAUUUGGAUUGAGAAAUGAUGUGUAAAUGGACUAUGAUGUGUAUGUCUUUGCAGUAAUGUUUUUAUUUUAUAUGCCUGGAAUGCUUCAACUUCAACUAGAUAUGGGGAAAGCAUUGCAUUAUGUUCGGGAAAUUGUCUACAUUAUAUCAACAAGUUUAUUCUUAUUUCUGUCUCCAUUCUCUUCUAA